UAACAUUCACUCAUCUCCCGUACUCACACACUGUGAUCCUGGGAUCCAGCUCUGCUCUUGCCCAGGAAGGGAGAGGGUGCCUUUCUGCAGAGAGGGGGGGUAAUGACCAGGACCACCAGAAUGAUAUCAUGAACAAGAAGAGCCAAAUAAUGCGUGGACGGACUGCAGAGCAAUUUAACCCCUUUCAAACUCUGACACAACCCAGGCUGAAGAAAUCCAUUCAGAUUAACCCCUCUCUACUGUGUGAGGAUUUCACUUUACUAUCCCACAGAAACUUCUUACCUUAUUAAAUCAAAAAUCACUGCUGCCUGCGGUACUAAUAAGACCUUCAAGAAUUUUAAUCUCAUGUCCUCUGCAGUUUUAAAUUAUUGUAAUAAUAUUUAUAUUUUUUUUCUCUUGCGUACUAUCUAAUAUUUUAAAUAAUAUAUUUUUGUCCAAUUAAUUUCUACCCUUUUAAGAUCUUUUUUUUUAUAGCAGUGAAUUUGUAACAAUUCAGAUCUCAGAGUAAUUCAAGUCAUCUUAAAGUUUACUCUGAGGAAGUUUAAGGCACAAUGAGCGGCGGUCGAUUUGACUUCGAUGAUGGAGGAGCGUACUGUGGGGGGUGGGAAGGUGGGAAAGCUCAUGGACACGGCAUCUGCACAGGGCCAAAAGGCCAAGGAGAGUACUCUGGCUCUUGGAAUUAUGGAUUUGAGGUGGUAGGGAUCUACACCUGGCCAAGUGGCAAUAUGUAUGAAGGAUAUUGGUCGCAAGGAAAAAGACAUGGCUUGGGAAUUGAAACCAAAGGACACUGGGUGUACAAAGGUGAAUGGACUCAUGGAUUUAAAGGGAGGUAUGGAGUCCGUCAGAGUAUGACCAGUGGGGCAAAAUAUGAAGGAACGUGGCAGAGUGGUCUUCAAGAUGGAUACGGUACUGAAACUUAUGCAGAUGGAGGAACUUACCAGGGUCAGUUUGGAAAUGGGAUCAGAGAGGGCUAUGGUGUACGUCAGAGUGUUCCUUAUGGAAUGGCUGCAGUUGUUCGAAAUCCUUUACGUACCUCCUUGACAUCCCUCCGCAGUGAACACAGCAAUGGGACAUUGGCACAACAUGAUGCUAUGUCAACUUCUCCAGAUAAUAUUGUGUCACCAACUAUCACGAGAGGAGGCUUCGCCCUUUCACUCUACUCAGAUGCCGAAUCUCUCAAGGGGCAAAAGAAAGGUAUUUUCCGAAGAGGUUCUCUUUUGGGUAAGCUGAGAAAAUCAGAUUCUAAGACAUCACUUUCAUCUCAGAGAAGUAAAUUAAGCUUCUUGAAGGGUAUCAGCGGUAUGAGCUCUGGAGCUAGUGAUGCCACAUCUACUGUGAGUUUUGGUGAUGGGACCGAACCAGAAGAGCUUCCACCAGUUGAGGCAGAUAUUGAUGCCACCACCACUGAGUUAUACAUGGGUGAAUGGAAGAAAGAUAAGAGAUCUGGCUUUGGUAUCAGUGAGCGAUCCAGUGGGCUGAAGUAUGAGGGAGAAUGGUUGGACAAUCUGAGACAUGGCUACGGUUGUACUACCUUGCCAGAUGGAACGAAAGAGGAAGGAAAAUAUAGGAACAAUGUUUUUAUUAAAGGCAUGAAGAAGAGAGUGAUACCCCUAAAGAGUGCAAAGAUUAGACAGAAAGUAGACAGAAGUAUUGAAGGAGCGCAGAGAGCAGCUGCAAUUGCACGCCAGAAAUCUGAAAUUGCUGCAUCCAGGACAACUCAUGCUAAAGCCAAAGCAGAAGGAGCAGAACAGGCAGCACAAGCAGCAAAUAAUGAAUCCAGUUUUUCAAGAACGAUGGCAAGAGAACUCUCUCCAGACUUUCACCAGCCAGGGCCAGAAUACAUAAAGAGAAAAAUGCUUCAGGAGAUUAUAGAAAAUGCUGAACCCAUGGAACUAAAAGAACAAACGAAUGUGACCAAUGAAGAGCCACCUCCAGCAACACCUCCUGAAAGUCCUCCAAUACAGGACAAGCUAACUGAUGAUAUUUCCCCAGUGCGAACCCCAUCACCUCCUUUGGCUGCAACACCUCCAGAUGCUAAGAGACUUAAAACAAGCUCUCAAACAAGUCCAUCCAAAACAAGAAACCAAACGAUAACUGCAGAUGUAAACAGGAAAUAUGAAAACCAAAUGAAACCACUUCAACGGUUAGACAAAAAAAUUUCUGAAACAGAUGUGGAGUUUCAUAAGGGCUAUCACAGCUAUGCUGUACGGACCUCACCUGUGACUCCUCCACUUCACUAUGAGGAAAAAGCAUUCCCACCUCCCAAAGCACCAACUGAGGCAAAAACUCCAGAUAUAAAGGAGGAUAAAAAGGGUAAUUUACCUUCCGAAAGACUUCAAGAACAGAAGACAGCUAUAGAACCUGCUAAAAAAGAGUUUAAAGUUAAAUCAAGUGAAGAUGUGAAGUCAGAUAUAAAAGUCGAUAAACCAAGUAUAGAAGCCAAAAGUGAGACCAAGAUAGUCCAGAAAUCUGAGCCUAAAACUAUCCAGAAAACUGAACCAAAGUUUGUUCAGAAACCAAUGCCAUCAAAACCAGAGCCCAAAGCAGUGGCAAAAGCUGUCACCCAAAAACCUGAGCCCAAAGCUGGAGUCAAGACUGAGCCCAAGGGAUUAGCUAAAUUUGAAACUAAAAGCCUUGUUAAAAAGGGUGCUCAAGCUGUUUCUGCUGCAACAGGAGAAGAGGAAAUUGAAGAGAGACCUGAUACUAUCAUGAUAUGCAUGGUAAUACUAUUGAAUAUUGGUCUGUCCAUCCUAUUUGUACAUCUACUGACAUGAAGAAAUAGAGAAUUAUGUAUUGCGAAUCCGUGGAUUUUCCAAGCGGCUCUUCUGAUAGAUGAUGAGCAGUUCUCAGGAGGAAAGCCAACUUGUGCCUUGAAGGGUGAUAAAGAAGACAAGGGACAAUUGAUGUAUCUUCACUGAUCCUUACUUGCUUGGUCCAUCCAAGCAAUGAUGUCAAGCGGAUUUGUACUUCUUUCAGCUGCCACAUUACACCGAGAUGUUAAAUGGUCUUGUUUGCAAAGAAUAUACAGUUGAGAUAUAUCACUAUGAAAAAAAAAUCUAAAAAAAAUAAUAAUUAUUCUAUCUGUGAAUGUAAGUUCUCAGAUAAAAAUACAUUGUUGCCAAACUUGGGUUCCGGAUUUCAUUAUGUGGACACAUUAAACACCGAGAUCCAUGAAGACUUCAAACCCGUGCACAAGUUUAGCUUCUGUGUUUUGACAAGUUACUGAUUAUUUAUUUUCUGUGUGCUGGAUAUAGGUUGGCGAUCGACUGUCAUAGGAAUUAGACAGGAGAUAACAUGUUUACACAUUUUCACGCUAUAUAAAGUCAUAACACCAUAAUCCAA